GCCAUGGCUUCGUGAUGCGUCCCGGUUGGUUUUCAAGAAGGAUUUAUAACUUCUCUUAUUCUUGUCCUCCCACGUACUAAAUCUAUAAAUUAGAAAUUUACUGCGGAGAAUUCAUACAUCCCUAUCUUUGGGAGCUAAAAUUGCAGUUAUGGUAAGUUGCGGGGUACUAUUAUGAAGUAAUGAUAUGACAGCAGAAGCUACAUGUAAGAUGUUUAGUUUUCUUGAAUUAAAUUGUCUCACUGCAAGAGAAACCACGAAGGCUUUGUUUUAACAUUUUUAAGUGCGGGAAUAUUGUUUCUUGAAGUUUAGAUGGAAACUGCACAGAUCGAACCAAGUUUAAUUUUGCCGAACACUUGAAUAAUAAACUUAUUAAGCUUAAAUUAUUUUCGCCUUAGUAGCAACUGUUUAAUUUUGGAUUACUCAAUGCAAAGGUGCUUGAAUUGUUCGACCUACAACGUCGAUUUUGUGCUUCUAAUUUUGCUGUUACUGGGGGAAAUGUAGUUUUAAUGACGAGGCAAUUUUUUAAUUUAUGUUUAAAGGAGCAUAUGCGCUUGGGCCAUUAUUUACAAAAUACAGCUGUUUUAUACUCCUAGUACAAUUCAGCAAUGCAAUUAAAUUUAUUGCCGUUCGCUUAAAUUAAUAAAGAGGAAGGCAUAUUCAUUUGUAUUUAUUUGGUAGCAGUAGUCAGAUUAAACACAAACACAGGGGUGUUGCUGCUAAAUACCGGUAUGCCCAAAUGUCUGGACUGCAUGGUUUGUGCAAUCUUGAAAAGGUCUUGAAAUUUACUAGUCGUCUUGAAAAGUCCUUGAAUUCAGUUAAGGUCCUAGAAAAGUACUUGANUAAUUUAUGUUUAAAGGAGCAUAUGCGCUUGGGCCAUUAUUUACAAAAUACAGCUGUUUUAUACUCCUAGUACAAUUCAGCAAUGCAAUUAAAUUUAUUGCCGUUCGCUUAAAUUAAUAAAGAGGAAGGCAUAUUCAUUUGUAUUUAUUUGGUAGCAGUAGUCAGAUUAAACACAAACACAGGGGUGUUGCUGCUAAAUACCGGUAUGCCCAAAUGUCUGGACUGCAUGGUUUGUGCAAUCUUGAAAAGGUCUUGAAAUUUACUAGUCGUCUUGAAAAGUCCUUGAAUUCAGUUAAGGUCCUAGAAAAGUACUUGAUUUCUUUAUUAGGUCUUGAAAAGUCCUUGAAAUUUACAACCUUGUCUAAACCAGGCACCUUUUUCUGUAUAAAAUUAGAUUAUUUUGACGAGAAAAGUUUGGGUCAUCCUCAGUGCAAGAACCUGUAAAACUCACAGGCCUUAAAACAUUUUUGUGCUUGAACAAUAUUUUAUUUCUUUUUCUUUAUUUGAAAUGCUAUUUCUGUACCUCAAAUGCAAUUGCAAGUCAUACCCAGUCAUUUUGCGAAGUUUUGUUGCGGAAAGUAGUAUAAAAUUAUGUGAUGAACGAUGGCCGAAGAAGUUUAAAUCGUAAAUGACUCCAUGACAUGUUUUAGCCAAUAGGUUGAUCAAAGGGGGUUAAAGAAUACCGAUUUAUUGGAUAAAUCUUCGUCCUUGAAAACUGUAAUUUUUUUCAUGAAAAAUCCUUGAAAAGUCCUUGAAAUUUGUUUGUCUGGAGUUGCAUGAACCAUGAGACUGUUUCCCUGCUGGCAGAGGUCUCUCACGACAAGGCAAAAAUGAGAGGAAGGAGAUUUUACCUUGUCAUGAGAGACCUCUGCUAGCAGGGAACUGGACUGUCUGUUGUCAUAGCAAACACCGUAACUGAUCGAAAAAAUGGCCGGAGCAUUUAUAUAAUUUUAGGGGCCUGAGAGGGGGGCAUUUAUAUAAUUCAUAAAUAAGGGGUGUUUAAAAGAGAGAGGCAGUUACCCUAAUAAUUGUAAUGAGCUGAACAAAACUAAUAUACUUUCGGUGAAAAUAUCAUGAGGUAAAAAAUCAAGGAGUAUCCUGUCCAUCAAUAAUGUCUAGGCUACCUAGACAUCCACCCUGCUUUUUCUAAUCUCAAUAUUCUAUGUUGUCAGAAUCCUCGCUAAGGGUCCUUGUGUUGUUAUUGUUGGUCUAAUUUUACUUUGAACUUAGCAUUGAACAUGAUAUGAUAUGCAAACCCUUGUUUAUCAAGUAAGAAACUGAAUAAAUAGCAUGAUUUUGCACCUUUUUGUUAAUUCCUAGAAUUUUGGAGUAAUAUAUUGUCAUAGGGGGUUUCCAGUAGACAAGGGAUUUUAAUUAGAGAAGGGCAGCGUAGAGGGGCUGUUUAUUAGAUAAGAGACAUUUAUUUGAGAGUGUGCAUCUAUUAGAUCAUUUACGAUACCAUGUUUUCACAAGUCAUACCCCAGGUGCUUUUCAGAUUGGUCUGUACAGUUGUAAGUUGAUUGUACAUGUUACGUUUCAGGAUAUUGGACUAAAUGAGCAUCAUCAACAAAUUGUAGUUAACUACCUUAGAUUUGCUCGCUAUGGCCGAGCACAGAGGCUUAGAGGUGUAGAUGCAUCUUUUGAAGAACUUAAAGAUAGCAGGUACGUUGUGUACUUAUACAACAUGUUGUGAUUUAGUUUUGUUCUUUGUUUAUGUUUGAAGGGAAUCACCAGCAGAGCAUGUGAAAUAGUGACCAGAAUGCCAUGGGUUUGAACUGGGAUUUUUUUUGUUCCAAUCUCCAUUGUCAUUCAUUGGAAAAUGUCAUUUCUCAAUUGGUUGUGUUUCUGCAUCACUUAGUGGAGGUUGGGUGCUUGAGUUGUUCAGUGGGCUCCACUUUUGGCACAGCCAGUUUGCAGAUAGAGUUGUAUCCUUACAGCUGUUAAAUCCACCCCUCCCAGCCAUGUUCAUGCCGACAGAACCAGAAGUUCACCUAUUACACUGACUAUAAGAAAAAGGCAGAAAACAUAAGGUAGGGAGGGGUGGGGUCAAGCACAAUAUCCAAAGGCUAAAAGAAGCCCAGUAGCCACCAGCAUGUUACCCACAAGGAGCGGAUGCAACCAAGGCUUACUGAUCGACCACUGACCAAUAAUAUUAAGCUCAAAUACCAGCCUAGUUUAGGAAAUGAGCCUGCACUUCUCCCCCAAACAGACCCUCUCUUCUCCCUGGGAGCACCGAGAGAGCAGCGGAAAUCAAGCCUACAUCAUCAUAGCCCCUCUUUGUUGAGACCUGCACUGAAUUUGAUUUAACUACAUUUUACCAGGCUUAAAAUUCACCAUAAUUUCAUAUUCCUUAUUGGGGGUGACCAGAAGAGCUGAUCUCAAGGCUGCUAUUAUGCCUGCAUGCACAACACGUAUGUAGCCAGCAUUCGUUUUGAUCAUGUGGGUUUGGACCUUCUACCACUCAUAAUCUGAUCACAAACAUUUUGACCUUUCAGGGUGCAAAGAAAAUCAUUUUUACAGCUUGCCAUUCGGGCAAGCUGAAGCUAGCAUUUACUAGCCCAGACGUCAUUUCAACUAGCCCCAAAAGCUUUUUGACGAGCAGAAUUAAUUUCACAGUUCUUCUGUUAUUUCAAUUCCUCAAAAAACAUCACCUGCCCAUUGGGCAAGUUAAGAACAGAAUUAUCUAGCCGGAUAGCAAAAUCCACUAGCCCCGGGCUAUCAGACACAACUUUCUUUGCACGCCGCCUUUUAUCACAUGAUACUUAUGCAAACCAUAGUGUUUGGGCCAGAGCAUUUUGACCUUCAUGUCGAUCUUGCAUGCACUCCCUUACCUUUGAUUAUUAACUCACCUUAAACUUCUGCUUAAACCGGGGGGUUAUCCAAGGGGGGGAGGGGGGGUAUAGUGGGACUAAAAAGAGUGUUUCAAAACAAGCUUUUUGAAGUGACUCGCUGUUUAAAGCUUCAAAACCAUAAAAAACUUAAUUCAUUUCAAUACAAGCUAGAGGGGGGCUUAUAUUGGGGAGGGGGUGUGGCAAGUAACAGGAUGAAUUUUUUUUUGUUUACAGGUAGAUGGACUUAUAGCUGGGGGUCUUAUGUGAGUGGGCUUACAGACUAUAUAAGUUGAAGUUUAUGGUAGUUUAUAAUAAUUAUUGAGGAGUACUGUUUUUUAAAAUUAAAAUUGCAGACUUGUAGACGACACAUACACUCUUGAUGAAGUUACUGACAUGCUGGAUGGCCUCUGUGCUGUGGUGAGGGGAGAAGUUGAAUCUGAACUUAUAAAUGCUGCACACACAAACGUCUUACUUCUUAGACAAGUGUUUAGUCAGGCUGAAAAAUGGCAUCUCAAAUUGCAGGCUGAUAUAUCUGAGCUUGAAAAUAGGUAUGUUUUCAUACUUUUUAUAUAACUGGAAGGCAUCAUUAUCCUCAACAAUAGUAAUUGAACAAGUGUUUGGAAUAAGGCCCAGAGUGACUCGUGGUCAACUCAGCUUCUUCCUUUGAAUUAAAAGCAUAUGCAUGGCAAAUAGAAGGGGAAUCAGUAUUUUAUCAGGCAUGAUGUGGAGCUCUAUUCCCAGCACUCCUUUAACUGGUAAAUUUGAAGUUUAGUCAUGUAAUAAUGAUGGAAAACAUUCAGGGUUUUGCAAGCUUGGAACAAGGACGUUCACAAAAAUUUAACCUGAGACCAGGCCGAAUUUUAGUGGCUCUCACACGUUUACAUGGUUUGCACUGUUUGUUUUGCCUCGCCUGCCAUCUUUUUUUUUAUGUAAUGAAACAAAAAUGAGCCUUCUCUUGGGUUAGACACAUUUCAGACCUUUAGGCUCUAAAAAAAUCACAGCCCCCGUCCGGAAAUGGGUAUCUUAAAAACUCGCAGAACAAAGUAACAGACCGGGACCAUUUGGAAUGUUUGUAAAAACUCAGUAUUCAGUUCUCUGGGUGUCUCAAAAAUUCAGACAUGGUUUUCAUCUAUUCUUUGUAUUGUAAUAUCUCCAGCCAAGGAAAUCAUGUUUUCAUUGAUCUUGCUGAACAAUGCUUUGCUGUGAUGUUCUUGACAUCUUUUUUUCGUUUCAGUAGAAUGCUUUUGCUAUGAUUAGAUGACACUUGAACACAGUUGUUUGUCCAGUUUAAAUCUUCUUUUCACUUGCUGAAAAAAUCAAUGGAAUUUUCAAAUUCAUUCAAAGGAAUUCAUGGCCAAUUUGUUACAACAGUGCCUGUAACCCCCUAAGAGUGACCAACAUUCGGUUUCUCCUUGUAGUAACACUACAUUAAUGUUGAACUUGUAAAAAUUGGUCUUUAUCGGUACGCCUUUUAUUCCUAGAAGUAGCAAAAGUCAGAAUUUGCAAACUUUCAAAAUGUCAUUUAUUUUAUAAAUUGCUGGAAAAUAAAUAUUUUUUAUACAACUAACAUGAAAGUACUGCUAAAGAGGUUUCAUUUGAAUGGGCUCAAACGUUAGAACCACCUUGUACAACAUAAUAAACAGUACCACAGGGAAGAACCACUAAACAGCUUUCACUUAAAUGAUCACACUUUAGGAUUUCACGCACAGACUCAAAAGUUAGAAUCACCUUGUACGACAUAAUAAACAGUACCGCAGGAAAGGACCACUAAGCAGCUUUCACUUAAAUGAUCACACUUUAGGAUUUCAUCCACAGACUCAAAAGUAAGAACCACCUUGUACAACAUAAUAAACGGUACCACAGGAAAGUACUGCUCAUGAUCAGUGGCUUUCAUUUGAAUGGUCACACUUUAGGAUUUCAUCCACAGACUCAAAAGUAAGAACUGCCUUGUACAACAUAAUAAACAGUACCACAGGAAAGGACCGCUAAGCAGCUUUCACUUAAAUGAUCACACUUUAGGAUUUCACCCACAGACUCAAAAGUUAGAACCACCUUGUACAACAUAAUAAACAGUACCACAGGAAAGGACCGCUAAGCAGCUUUCACUUAAAUGAUCACACUUUAGGAUUUCAUCCACAGACUCAAAAGUAAGAACCACCUUGUACAACAUAAUAAACAGUACACAGGAAAGGACCGCUAAGCAGCUUUCACUUAAAUGAUCACACUUUAGGAUUUCACCCACAGACUCAAAAGUUAGAACCACCUUGUACAACAUAAUAAACAGUACCACAGGAAAGAACUGCUCAGUAGCUUUCAUUUGAAUGGUCACACUUUAGCAUUUCAUCCACAGACUCAAAAGUUAGAACCACCUUGUACAACAUAAUAAACAGUACCACAGGAAAGAACUGUCAGUAGCUUUCAUUUGAAUGGUCACGCUUUAGGAUUUCAUCCAUAGACUCAAAAGCUAGAACCACCUUGUACAACAUAAUAAACGGUACCACGGGAAAGUACUGCUUGAUAGCUUUUAUUUGAAUGGUCACAUUUUAGGAUUUCAUCCAAAAGUUAGAACUACCUUUGAAGAUUCCAUCAUUGACUUUUGGAAGUGAAAAAGUUAAAAACUUGUCCUCAUCAGUGCUAUAGCAAAUGUGUGGAGAGCAGUGGGUUAAUAACUUGCACGCUUAAUUUAUAUUAAUUUUAAUAUCUUAUUUUCCAGGGAACUUAUAGAGGAAAUAGCAAAGUUUGAAGAAAGAGAGUUCUCUGCCACCAAAUCUACAUCACAGGUAAUAUUAACGAGUCUUUAUUUACAUGCAUGUAAAUGACACUGUCAUCUAUUUAUUCCACAACUUAAUAAUUGUAAAAUUUUUUAUUUUCUUUUCUUGCAGUCUAAGUUAUCUAAGUUGUCCCAGGCAACCAAAUUAGAGCCCUUAAAUGAAGGCAGCGGAUCAGCAUUACUUCAAAUGGUGAGUGUAUACAAUGACCCAUCAAGUAGAUCAGUCAUCAUUAUGAUAGUACAACAGUAUACUAUAAACUUAAUAUAAAUAAAUAAAUUUAAAAAAAAAUGAGUUUUUUUUACCGUUGUCAGUAUUUGUAGCACUUAUGUUAAUGGGGCCAAGAAAAUUCCUGAAACAAAUAAUUCAUACCAAACUUAACAGGUUUAAGAAUCCCAUCUGGCUGGAGUAAAGCAGCUACCUAUUUAUAAGUGUGGCCGAGGAUUUGAACACUUGACUAUCUUGAACAAAUCUGGCUAGCGGUCAGGGAGGGACUUGAACUUGAAUAAUAAGUGCAGUGCUCUAACUGCUAGGCCACACUGCCUCCCUAAUAUCUGUGUAAGAAUAAAGACUGUUAACCACAAACAGCAUUAUUCUUUUUUCCUGUCUUAAAAAUACCAUAAUUUAUUCUUAAACUCUUAGAUGUUUUGAGGGAGAUACUUUCCCCAUAAGUUAUUUUUUUUUAAGUUUUACUUUCCUUUGUUGCACAUAUCCCACAACAAAGGAAAAAUGCAAGUAUAAGGUACUUGUGCAAUAAUCAUUAUUGUCAGCAUCUUAUUUAUUAAAAAAUAGUUCCAAUCCGUUUUAUCCCACACUAGCUAUGUGACAUAAUUAUCAGUAUUCUUUUCUAAAUCCUCAUUAAAAAUUUACUAGUAAAACCUUCAGUUAGGUUCCUCAUUUUUUAUGAAUUAUUCAACAUUGUAAUGUUAUAAGUACUUCUAAAUAGUAAUUCUAAAAAUAGUUGGUCAUGUUUCUUGUCAUUUCUUGUUUGUUUUUAUUAAAAUUGGACUUUUUAAGAAGAUUUUUCAAGAAAAUGCAGAUAGUAAUCUUUCUGAUAAAUAAGGUUAUUGUUUGAGGAAAAGAAAUGUACUAAAACGUCAUAGCUUCAGCUUUGAAAUUAUUGUUUACCUCAUGAGAAACCACAGGACCUUUAAUUGGCUGAUAUAAAUCAUUAUUAUUGUUUCUUUUUCAUUAAAGAGAAAUUAGCAUCAAAUUUGUAACUCCAUGGAAACAUUUUGUAUGUUUGGUAGUGUCAGUAUAAAUUCGAAGAAAAAAAUCAAAAGCUUCCUAAAAUUCUAUUAGUUCUUUGAAUUCCCUCGGAGACCUAGUCUAGGAUUGAUACUGGUUUUCUAAGUUACAACCAUGAUUCUUCUGCAAAUAUCAGAAAAAGAACUCUUAACCGAGUUGAUCCGUGAUCAGCAAAAGGUGAAUAAUAAUAUUGUGUAUCAUCAUUGCAUCUACUUGAGAUGGUUUAGACAUGUAGUCAUUAUUACAAUGUAAUUCUUAUUAGGUACUUUUUUAGAACAUCUUUAUUUGUUUUACGCAUGAGUUCCUUCACAAGAAAGAACUCAUUUGUUUGGGUCAUAUUUGCAUUGUUGCUUAGGUUUACAAAAUGAUCAAAUGCAAAUAGUUCUAAUCUGUAGUUAAGAUCUAGGAAAAUUAAGACAUUUGUCUGUUAAAGUUAGUGUAAUGCUUUACUCUUGUAUUAUUUGGUCAUUUUCCCUCUCUGAUUUACUGGUUCACUGAUUUCUUUAAUUUCUUUCAGUGAUGUUAAAAUCCUGAUCCACAAAGAUUCUCAACACUAUUCCAGAUCCUUUUUCCACUAAAUCCGAAAAUGAAAUCAUGCCAUAUUCCUGAACAUGCAUUUCCAAAAAAUUUCACCAGAAAUUUCACCAUUUUCGGACAUUUCCAUUGUGUGGAUUUCUCUUUAAAUUGUUUGUGGAAUAGACUGCUAAUAGGUUUACAAAAUGAUCAAAUGCAAAUAGUUCUAACCUGUAGUUAAGAUCUAGGACCUUGAAGACAUUUGUCUGUUAAAGUUAGUGUAAUGCUUUACUUGUGUAUUAUUUGGUCAUUUUCGCUAUCUGAUUUACUGGUUCACUGAUUUCUUUAAUUUCUCUCAGUGAUGUUAAAAUCCUGAUGCACAAAGAUUCUCAACACUAUUCCAGAUCCUUUUUCCACUAAAUCCGAUAAUGAAAUCAUGCCAUAUUCCUAAACAUGCAUUUCCAAAAAAUUUCACCAGAAAUUUCACCAUUUUCGGACAUUUCCAUUGUGUGGAUUUCUCUUUAAAUUGUUUGUGGAAUAGACUGCUAAUAGUAAAAAACUGAUAAAAUUUAAUCAAUCAACCAGCGAUUCUAAAAAGUGCCUAGCCUGUGGAUUUUUCCAAAUCUGCAAGUGUUGACAUUUUGUAUGCAAUGGCCCCUUUGCAGAAUAAGGUCACUUGGUGCAAAAAACACCUUGCCGGGUGGCAAACGACCUAGAGGGGCAAGAAAAACAAAGACAUUACAUCAUUCAAAAAGCUAACAUCCUUUCUUUUCCACUGCGGUGCCAUAUCCAGCAAGGUGUUUUUUAGUACCAUUUGACCGUAUCCUUCGAAGGUCCCUCUCCUAUGAAUUCAAAGUUUUCUGGGAAUCAGUUUGAAAAUAGGGCAUUACUACUCUGCUGCACAUGGCUCAGCUAUCAUUUGCUUUGUGUGAUGUAAAAAUAAUAUUGCAUUCUUAAGGUUGUUAAGGCUGAGUACUACAGGUAUUAAGUUCUAUAUUGUGGUUUAAUAGUAGUAAGGGGAGCGGGGGCAGCCCUGGUUCAAAUCCUUGCAUUGAUGCCAUACAUUGUAUGUGGGUUGAGUUUGUUACUGGUACUCUCCUUUGCUCCAAGAGGUUUUUCUCCAGGUACUUCGGUUUUCCCCUCUCCUUUUAUAUAUAAAACCAACAUAAUUUUCCAAAAUCCAAUUCAACCAGGAAUGGUAGACAAAGAACCAAUGUCAUUAUGCUACUUCUAAAUCGCUCUUUAUUUCAUUAUUUUAUUUACAUAUUUAAAUGGCCUUGUACUGUACCUACAGUAUUUUACUUUUAUUUUAGUACUUUAAAUAAAAGAUAGAUACUUUUGUUGAUGUGUAACUAUGCUGAAUUUUGUUGAUUGAUGUUUUUUGUUGGCACAGGAAAUUAAUCGAUUAAAUGAAGAAAAUACAAAGCUUAGAGAAAGGAUGAAAACCUUAGAGGGCAAGGUGAGAUGAAAUUAAAGUUAACUUGUUUGAAUAUUUGCAUCCUCAAAGUUUGACCUUGCAUGCUUGAUUAAAUUCUAAAAAGUAGGGAAAGUCAGUUUUGCCAUGAGAAUAAAAAUUAUUCUUUUACAUUUUAGGCCACAAGUGCUAUUGGAGAAAGAAGUAAACUCCAAGCAGAUCUUGAAAGUACACAAGCUGCAUUAAAAUCCAAAGGAAAUGCCAAGGUGCAGUAUAUCAUGAUCUAAUUAUUAGAAUACACUUGCAGAAUGCUACAUUUGGGCGUAGGGUUGGUCCAGUGGUAAUUGCCUCCCAUCAAAGUGGCUGGCCGAUGUUUACGUCCCAGAACCAAUGCUUGUUUGAACUGGUUGCUGGUUCUAUUCUUUGCUUCAAUAUGUUUUUCUUUUCUCCAAAACCACGUCCAAAUUCCAAUUUGAUGAGGAGAAUUCAUGUCUCCAAUUAUUUUGGGCCACUGGCUUAUCAGUUUCUGAGACUGUCUUGUUUAAAAACUAAGGGUACAUUCGUUUGAGAUGAUCUGGAUCAGGAUCAGUGAUCCGAGAUCUCUUGGAUCAUGGUAGAUCAAAAUGAACCAAUGAAACCUUGUCCAGAGUGAAUUCAUCAUUUCAUUAUUUUGAUUUACCAUAACCCGAGUGAUCCGUGAUCACUGAUCCUGAUCCAGAUCAUCUCAAAUGAAUGCACCCUAACAUCAUUAAGAGGAUGACUGUCAAGACAGUUGCAGAAACUACCAAGCCAGUAGCCCUAACUAAUAAUAUUGGAAAGUUUUUCAUUUGCCAUAAAAAAUGGAUUCUUACUGGUCAAUGCUAGUUACCUAAGGCUAUAAAUAAUUAUUACAAUAUUACCUUAUUCUUUUAAAAUGUUUACUAGUUGACUGUUGAUAGCCAUAUUUAUGUCCAUGUUGAUGUGAUUUUGCUUUUCAGUCUUAUGGCAAGGAAAUGGCAGAACUUGAGGAACAGAUGGCUGCAGCCAAAAUGGAUUUAAAAAGGGUAAAUAAUUAUGAACAGUAUGAAUAAAUGAAUGAAUGAAUAAACUUUAUUCAACUCAUAUCUUACCACUUCACCCAGCUGUGUGUAACAUCAAUCCUGGUGCUUCUCUGGUAAUCUUCUUCAUCUGUUUAGAUGUUGAACAAUGACACAUCAGCCUGGUUGUCAAUAACAUUUCAUAUUGCUGGGUAAAUACAAUAAGUAGGUGCAGAAUGAAGUAGCUAUGGGUUUCUUUUGGUUCUAUAUUUCUUCUAUUUUCCUUUGAAAGUUGCUGGGGGGAAAUCCCCGGCCCCUGCCUCUUAAUGACAGCCCUGCUGAUGCACAAAUUGUCUUCAAAAUCUUGUCCAAAUACAUGAGUGAUUCCUUCAAACUGGCCAGAGAUACACACAAACAACAUAAUAAUGACCAGGAUAAAUUUGAAUGAAAAUCUUGUGUUACUACCAACUAGUACUGCUUACAUUUCUUAGUGUUUAGUGUAAACUUUUGUUUCAGAAAAUAGGGAGAAAAUUGGAUGAUCCAAAAUACAAUUUAAUAAAAAGAAUAAGUCAAACUCAUUUCUCAUUAGUCCUGUGUGUGCCUGCAUCCCAAAGAAUACUAAUGUGCUCAAAGUUUUUGAUAGAUUUAACACUGCUUUAUAGGAAUCUUAAAGAUAUACAACAUUAAUUUUGUUCUUUUCUUUAAGAGCCCUGGUGGCCAUUUUAAAACUUUGCUCUGUCUUUCGAAUCUUAGUGUUUCAGAUCUCAGUAGAAUUUGGCAGGACUUUAAUAAAACUUUUGUAGAAGUGUCUCUUUAAUGUUAAAAUAAAUCUGACUUGAGUUUUGAAUCUACUAUUCCCUAUUCUUAUAUUCAACAUUAUAAUGUAAAUUAUGUUUGGAGGCAAUCAUUUGUGUUCUCAUGUAAGGCAAAAAAUAAAAAAAUAGAAUAAAGAAAAUAAAAAAUAAAAAAUUAAAACUUUAAUUUAUGCUAGGUCUCUGAAAAUUGGAUUAUAAUUUCCUGCAAAUACUAGUGGGAGCUAUCUUUUCAAAUGUGCAUGGAGCAAUGUUUUUUGUUCUGUAGGCAAAAGAUAAAGGCUCAUCUCAUGCUGCGUCACUGGAAGAGGAAUUAACCAGCAGCAAGGUAUGGAUUUAUGUAUUAUUAACAUAAAGAUUGACUUUCCCUUGAAUUUGUUGUGGUUCAGUUUUAUCCUUGGUGUAAAUUUCAUUUUCCUUUGUUUUAAGCACAUCGUUAUCAUUUUGUUAUCAUACCCAAAUUUAAACCAAGGAUAAUAUCUAACCUCAACCUAUUCACCAGAUUUAAAAUUCACAAUAAUAUUUCUUAGUCAUUGCACACAUUCCAGUCCUAGCGGUAUAUACAGCUAUUUGAAGAAAGGUUGUCUCAAAAAGUGCAUGCGACAAUCCCGAAAGGUAUUGCGGGUGGUUUUCAGUUCACUGUUCUUCAAAGAAAUUUGCAACAAUGGGUCAAGAGGCCUUGGACUGUUUGCGAGUGCUAAAGGAAAGCAACAAAAGUAGGUUUGACAGCUAGUGUCAGGAACAUUGUAUUGGUCAUACCCCAUAUUACCUUUCCGGAUUGUCGUGUGCACAUUUUUUUCGACAGCCUUCUCAAAAUAGUUGUAUGCAGGAUGUUUGUCACGUGACCCUAGUCUUGUGGCCUCUCUCUGUAAUUCAUUGGAGGAGAAUUGAUUUGGACUAGUAACCAGGGCCCAAUAUUUUAUUGUUUGAGGGCCGAUUAGCGCUAACUCGGAGUUAAAUUUUAAUGUAGGUUUCUUUUUCGUUUGUUUAACAACAUUUUCUCUGAUUUUCCCUAUUCUUUUCAGAGCAUCCAAUCACCAAAUUGCAGACCAAAGGAAUUAAACUAAAUUUGCUUUUUCAGGGUCUAUAUCUGAAUUCAAAUUUCGCACUAACCGUGGGUUAUCUUAACCCUGCUUUGAACAACCUGGCCCAGAGGGUUACAGGUUCAAAUCUGGUUGUGGGUACUCAAAAUUUUUUCUUCCAAGAUGUUAUAUACCUGUGUUGCUGAAUUAAAAAAAUCUCUAUGAGGUAUUUAUUAAGAGUUUUUCUGAUAAAAACCUUGGAUCUAUGGGCUGGCACAUUAAAAUUUACAGUUCCAGAAAAAUAAUAUAAGUUAUCCUCCUCUGGCUGUUGGCUUAUUAGAAAGUGUAGUGUAUCAGACUUGAUAAGGCAUAUCUCAAAUACUGCAAGAGGUUGAGUUGAUGAAUGAUGUUGAUGAUGGUGAUAAUCAAUGUUGAUCAUUGUCAUUGGGCCGAUAUUUACUGCUAAAUCUGCUGCUAAGAAAUGAUCUUCUUUCUUGUAGCAUGAGAUCUUGAAGCUUCAGCAUGAUCUUGAAGAAGCACAAAAGGUUGGUGUUACCAAAAUUAUGAAAACAAAAAUUUAGUGAUAUCAAAUUAGUUUUAAAUGUUGAAGAAACCUUUCUCAUAAAAUAACCUCUGUUGUUCCCAGGAUCUUACGAAGAAGUUUAAUGAAACAACUCAAUACAAGAAUAUGAAGCAGAUGUUAACAUCAAAGAAUGACCAGAUAAAAGACUUACGUGGGCGAUUACGAAAGUAAGUACAGCCAUUUUAAAUAGUAGUCAAAAUGUCACUGGUAAAAUUUAAUUUUUAUGAGCCAUCUUGUUAGAUCAGUUUCAAACUUAUGAAGUUUCACAAAACUGAAUUCCCAAUGCAUUUAGAAUUAGUUGUAAUGUAUGAAAAGAACAUUCAUGCACAAACAGCCAAAAAAUGAAUGCAAAGGAUUUUGUGCAGAAACAGAAAAACAUAAAGUAAGCAAGACUAUAGAUAGUAUGAUUUGUAUGCUUAUUCAUUCUCGAAUAGCAGAGAUCUAUUUUAUGCCUUAGGUGAAGUGUGCUCUGAAAUGUUGCUGUUUUACUUACUACAAAUCUAGGGGCUAGUCGUUUUUAACCUGUAGGGGCUGGGGGCUGGCCACUUUUGAAAAUGUUUGGAAUAUUUUGGAACCGACCCACUCACCUCAUCCUAGAUUUUUAGAAAUGACCCCCGUAAGUUUGACAUAAUUUAUUGUGAAAGUGACUGCCCCACCCACCUGAUUGCUGAGAAAACUACGAAUGUUUUCGUUCCAAAUCGUGCCGAAGUUCAACACAUUUAUCUCAGUACAGUUGUCUUUGUAAGAUUGGUGUUUACUAUUGACAGCUGUUACAUUCGGUUUCAAUUCACACUCGUUACAGUAACAGCUGCCAACAAAUGCUUUGCCUUGUACGAUACGAUCAUUUUAAAAGCGCGUAUGUCACACAGUGAUUAUAUUGAUGUGCAUACUAAAUUUAGUACUACUGUUCUUCUAAACUGCAUUUUUCUAAUUUGACAAGUUGUAUUGCGGUUUUGAUUUUGAACAGACAGCUAAAAGAAGGAUAUUGCUUUUUACCACUUUUAUGAAAUUUAUUAAAAGACCCCCAAUGUAACGCUCCCAUAUCUGAAAACGACCCCCCAAAACAAAUAAAUAUUUUGAAAAUGAUUCCCCUGCAAACUGGGCAACCGACACUCACAGUAAAAAAUGACCAGCCCCCUAGUACCUCAAACUUUUUUCAGGUGACACCUUCCCACUGGAAGGUGAGUUGAGGAAGGUUUUUCAGGAGCGACCUAACACUCUCUUGUUAUCUUCUAGGUAUGAGCCUGAUGCUUGA